AUGGCAAGCAUCAAGUUCCUGAUAGUGCUCGUAACCCUCGGCUACCUCAGCACCUUGGCCGAUGUUUCGGUGAACGCACAGAAAUCACCGAACCCCAUAUCUGGUCUCAAGAAGAGGUCUGAUGAUUCGGCUACAGACGCGGGUGAGGCGGCAGCAACUCCGGAAGCAGAUGCGGGUAGUGAAAAGGAGCCAGCCGAGGAUGGAGAGGAAGCCUCGACUGCUUCACCGGAUGACGCCGCGGACGACGAAACUACGACCGUCUCUCCGGAUGACGGCGCAGACGACUCAACGACGACAGACUCCGAUGCCGAAGACGGCUCAUCUACGACCUCGCCAGAUGAGGAGACUUCUGACGGCAGCGAGGCUCCAGAGCGAAGCGACGAGGUGACCACGACCACGGAAGGCGGAGACGCUUCCUCGACCACUCCGGCUGAGGGAGGAGACGACGCGAGCACCACGCCAGAGUCGACGACGGAAGGUUCGACGGCAGAGUCGACACCUGAGUCGGCGCCAGAAACCACGCCAGCGCCGCCUCCGGUCGCGGCAGCUGUUGCGGGGGUAGCUGCAGUCCCUUCUCCUGCACCAGCUGAUUCGCCAGCACCGCCACCGGUUGCGCCUGUGCCCAUUGCAACGAAAAACAUCACGAUCACUAAGCGGAGCUCAAACGCGAGUUCUCCCAUAGCGGGUAAGGGGCCUAGCAUGAAGUCGGCGUCAGAUGCAGCAAUGUCGAAGAGGUCAGAGAAAAUGAGGGUAAAGAUCGGAGAUAAAGCAUCUGAGAAAGAUCUCGGGAGCAAGCUCAGUGAUUCAGGUGGGAGUAUUUCAUUCUGA